UGAAUCAGGUGUGGUAAACACAAUUCACUGGUGUAGUGAUGCUGAAGCUGGUGCAGAGAAACCACUCAGUAAGUUACCCCAAGUCAAGCGGAUGGUUUGUCAACACCCGGUGAAGCGAGGAAAUGUUGGAAGUCGAGAGACCUUACGCAAAGUCUAA